CGCUCUCUUCCCAUCGCUCUCUCUCUCUCUCUUGAAACUCUUCCGCGGCCCUCUUUUGUGCGUUCUGUGGCUUCUGCUGUAGGUCUAACUCCCUGGUUCAAGCCCGUCUCGCGCCACUCAUUCUUCAUUCCGUCUUCGAGGCAGAGUUCGCGAUCUGAAUAUUAUAAAUUGAUCCGUGCCUGAGAUUGAUCGCUCCGACGAUCCGAUCUUGCAAUACUAAAACGAUUUUCUGGAGAUCCAGUGUGAAACACCUUAAUUUAAUUUUGCUCUUUUUUGGUCGUUUAUCCCGUAAGAUUAAUCUUAAUUGAAGCGAGAAAUUGUGCGUGGAAUUUUUUUAGCUGAGAGUAGAAUAACUUAUGCUUGGGGUUGGAUCAAAUCCAUGUGCGUUGAAUAAUCACAAAUUUGAAGAAGAAACCCUAGCUAGGAUGGGCAAGGAUGAGACUCAAGUUGACGUAGAAGAAGGAGAGAUCUCCGAUUCGGCAUCGAUCGAAGAGAUCAGCGAAGAGGCUUUUAACCAGCAGGACGAUAGGGUUUUGAGAACGAAGGGAGAUUUCAAUGCCAAUGAGAAUUCGAAUUCUAAUGCUAGGGUUUGGACGAUGCGCGAUCUGUAUAAGUAUCGCGUUUGCGGUGGUUAUGCGUCCGGUUUGUACAAUCUUGCUUGGGCACAGGCGGUGCAGAACAAAUCACUUGAUGAUGUCUUGGUGAAGAUUGAUCGGGAUGAGAAUUCUAAGCGGUUGUCCUCAAAUACAGCGUCUGUUAGUAGCAGCAGGGAGGAUAGGAGUAAUACCGAUGUGAUCCCGUCGAAGGAAGUGGCUAAAAUUGUAAUUGAUGAUAGUGGUGAUGAAAAGGAGGAAGGGGAGCUGGAGGAAGGGGAGAUUGAUAUGGACUCAGAGCCGGUCCAGAAUACCGAAGAAGUUGAAGAAGGGGGGUCGAGUAAUGGUUUGAACAUUACCGGGGACGCGGAGGUUAAUAAUUUGAAACAAAUGGAGGUGGAGGCUGUGGAGCAGAAAGUGAGCUCAAUUCGGGAAGCUCUGGAGACUGUGACUGUGAUUCAGGCGGAGAAAUCUUUUGAUGGGGUCUGUUCGCGAUUGCUGAACAUUUUGGAUAGCUUGCAGGACAUGGAUUUCAGAAAAAAUGUUGCUGUAAAGGACACCCUUAUUCAAUUGUUCUUCUCUGCUAUUCAGACUGUUAAUUCUGUGUUCUGCUCCAUGAACCAAGACCAAAAGGAACAGAAAAAAUGCAUUUUGUCAAGGUUGCUUGCACGUGUAAUGGGCCAAGUUCCACCUCUUUUUAUCGGCGAGCAGAUGAAAUUGGUCGAGGCCAUGGGGGCCUCUCUAGAUACUCCUGCUGUUUUAUUGAGUACUAAAUCCAGUGGUGAAGAGAAAGAGGUACACAUAAUUGGUAGUGUGAAUCAGACUGAUUCUGAUUUGUCAGCUGAAAAUGUAGGGCAUGAUUUGAGCUUCUCGAAAAACCUUACUUUAGAUACUACAUCUGUUGAAUCUUUGGAGAAGAAUGGCCCAAACAUGGCAAGCAUUUUGUCUGAGGCUUUGAAACCAGUACUACCUGGCCUUAAGGAUAGAGGGGUUUUUGGGCCGCUGCUAGACCUACACAAGGAUCAUGAUGCAGACAGUCUCCCAUCACCCACCCGGGAAAACACACCCUGUUUGCCUAUACAAGAUAGAUUGACUGCUGGAGAUGGGUUGACUAAAUCAGAAGCAGCUAUAUCAACCAUGGCAUGUGAGAAACAAGAUUCUGUGUUGCAUCCUUAUGAAACUGAUGCUCUCAAGGCUGUUUCAACCUACCAACAGAAAUUUGGUCGGUCUUCGUUUAUGAUCGACAGGCUUCCAAGCCCAACCCCUUCAGAAGAAGGUGAUGAUGGAGAUGGUGAUACUUCUGGGGAGGUCUCUAGUUCUUCUGCUAUUGGUGUUGUCAGAACUGUAAAUCCACCAAUUUUGGCUCCACCUAUUGUAUCUUCUGCCCCCCUUAUGGACAGCUCUAGUGUGCAAGGACUAAUAAAUUCUAGAAAUGUAGGAUCCGUGAGUUCUGGAUCUAAUCCCACUACUACAAGAGCUUCAGCAAAGAGUAGAGAUCCUAGGCUUCGGCAUGCCAAUUCUAAUGCUAGCAUAAUGGAUCUCAAUCACCGACCUUUGUCUGUGGUGUAUAAUGCACCUAAAGUGGAGCCCCUUGGAGAAAUUAUAAGCUCAAGAAAGCACAGGACUGCAGAAGAUUCUGUUUUGGAUGGUCCUGCAGUGAAAAAGCCAAGGAAUGGGUUGACAAAUUCUGGCAGUAGCAGUGAUGUGUUGACUGUUGCCGGACGUGGUGGCUGGUUGGAGGAUAGUGAGCAGUUUACAAACAAAAACCAGUUGAUAGAGAGUACUGAUUUGGAUCAUAUGAAAUUGGAUAAUGGAGUUACAUGCCCUGGUGCUGGUAUUCGUGUUCAACAAAAUGUCACAGUAGCUGGUAGUGAGCAGUUGCCAACAAUAGGAAAUGGAACCAGUGCUUCUUUGCCUGCUAUAUUGAAAGAUAUUGCAGUGAACCCAACAUUGUUGAUGAAUUUACUUAAAAUGGGAGAACAGCAAAGGUUAUCGGCGGAAGCCCAGCAGAAAUCUGGUGAAUCCGCAAAAAGUACGGUUCAACAUCCGCGCAUCAAUUCAAUACUAGGUGCACUUUCUCCAGUGAAUAUUUCUCCAUUGAUGCCCUCAGGUAUUGGGCAGAGUCUACCUGGAAAACUUCAAGUUCCUUCUCCGAUGGCUCCAAUGAACCCACCAGAUGAGUUGGGAAAAAUCCGCAUGAAGCCCCGUGACCCUCGACGUAUUCUCCACAAUAAUACUUUUCAAAAGAAUGGGAGCUUGGGAUCUGAACAGCCAAAAGCAAAUGGAGCCCCAAUCUUGAACAUCCAGGGUAGCAAGAACCAUUUGAAUUCCCAGAAGCCAGAGGACCUGGCAGAUGCAAAUUCCAUGUCUUCUCAAUCAGCUGCAGCCCCGGAUAUUGUUCGUGAAUUUACAAAGAAUCUGAAAAAUAUUGCUAAUCUUAUGUCAAUUUCCCAGGGUUCAGCAGCUCCUUCGGUUCCUCAAAUCCCUCUCUCGCAGCCAGUACAAGGUAGUGCAGAGAGGAUGGAUGUAAAAUCUGCAAUUUCCAGUUCUGAUAACCUUAGAACUGGCACUGUUUUGACACCUGAUGAAGGUGCAGCAGGUCCAUCACAAUCACAGAACACCUGGGGAGAUGUUGAACAUCUGUUUGAAGGAUAUGAUGAUCAGCAAAGAGCUGCCAUCCACAGAGAGAGGGCUAGGAGGAUAGAAGAGCAGAAGAAAAUGUUUGCUGCUGGGAAGCUCUGCCUGGUCUUGGAUCUGGACCACACACUUCUUAAUUCGGCCAAGUUUGGUGAAGUAGACCCACUGCACGAUGAGAUCUUGAGAAAGAAAGAAGAACAAGACCGUGAAAAACCGCAAAGGCAUCUCUUCCGCUUUUCUCAUAUGGGAAUGUGGACAAAAUUGCGGCCUGGAAUAUGGAAUUUUUUGGAGAAGGCUAGUAGGCUUUAUGAACUACAUCUAUAUACAAUGGGGAACAAGCUGUAUGCUACGGAGAUGGCAAAAGUUCUUGAUCCUAAGGGUGUUUUGUUUGCUGGACGUGUUAUUUCUAGGGGUGAUGAUGGGGACCUUAUUGAUGGUGAUGAGAGGGUUCCAAAGAGUAAGGAUUUAGACGGGGUUCUGGGUAUGGAAUCAGCUGUUGUAAUUAUAGAUGAUUCUGUGAGAGUAUGGCCUCAUAACAAGUUAAAUUUGAUAGUAGUAGAAAGGUAUACUUAUUUCCCUUGUAGUAGACGCCAGUUUGGGCUCGUAGGACCUUCUUUGCUUGAAAUUGAUCAUGAUGAGAGAUCUGAAGAUGGGACUUUGGCGUCCUCUUUGGCGGUUAUUGAGAGGAUACAUCAGAUUUUUUUCUCGAAUCGGUCCUUAGACGAAGUUGAUGUGAGAAACAUUCUAGCCUUGGAGCAGCGGAAGAUUUUGGCUGGUUGCCGUAUAGUCUUCAGCAGGGUGUUUCCUGUUGGUGAAGCUAAUCCUCACCUACACCCAUUGUGGCAGAGUGCUGAGCAGUUUGGUGCUGUGUGCACCAACCAGAUUGAUGAACAGGUUACCCAUGUGGUUGCUAAUUCUCUUGGCACUGAUAAGGUGAAUUGGGCUCUUUCCACAGGAAGACCUGUUGUCCAUCCUGGCUGGGUGGAAGCCUCGACUUUGCUUUACCGGAGGGCGAACGAACAAGACUUUGCCAUUAAACCCUAAGAAAAUUCAUCCUCCUAAGCCUCAUACUCCAUCUGGGAAAUUUUAAAAAUUAGAAAACCAUAAAUUGGUAAAUUACAAACAGUGGGGUAAAAAAGGGGGGUUGGGGGGAGAAGGGUAUGGUGGUACGUACCGAAGACCGAGGUCGGCCCAGUUAUUUUUCCUUUAAAGGCCAGCAACUGCUGUCUCUUCCAUAGCAUGUCCGCUAAGCCGGGAGGCUUUGUCACUAACCCGGUCUAAUUCACCGAGCUGGGAGGUUUUGUUAUUAACCUGGAUCAGCUUGGCCCAGCCCGGUGCGGUUCUGACCGGUCAGGGGUACAAUCCUUCAUUAUCUCAGCUCUGAAAUGAAGGUAAAAGUGGGGUAUCAACAGUUGGAGAGGAGUUUGGGGAGGGCGGAAUUUUUUUAAAUCCUUUGUGGGCAAUAUUAUUCACCAGAAAAGAGAUGUGACUACGAGUUUCAAUACCAAAAUCAAAAACUUUGAAAUUGGAUUUAAGAGUGAAACUGCAUUCUUAAACGGCUAUAAUUGUAGAAAUAAUUAAAGAAGGAACACGGAAUGCUCGAAGGAAAAAUAAAGUUGUUGUGAGGUUUGUUUUCUUUCUUUUUCCUUUUCUAUUAUUAAAUUUAAAAAAUCAAAUUAUAUAAUAUAAACAGUGGCCCGAUAACUCGGAUGGUUUGAAGUUUCAGUCAGGCCACUUGAAUGAUUUUAAUGGGAAUAAAAUUUCAAUUCAAGGUGGUUCAAAUGUUCAAUAAUUAUGUAUUUAUCAGAAUGUGACAUUUGUGCGAAAUUAAUAAACGGCUAGAAUUUACUAAAG